AUGUACUCAUUAAGUGAUAAACAAAUAAUUAAAUUAGUUCAAGGUCCAGUUAAUAUAAAUGAAAAAAAUAAUAGUAAUGAAGAGGCUCAACAUGUUGAAAUAACUGAUAAUUCUGGAAAAGAUGCUCUGAUAACUUGGAUUGAUUAUUAUGAGCAACAAGAAGAGAACAAUGAAUUAUAA